CAUCGCGGUCCGCACAUGCGCAGAGCCAGCCCCAACCCUGGCCGCUUGCCUGAGCACUCUUCAUUUGUUGCAAAUGGAACCGCUAGAUCGACCUUUACCAGACGUAAGUCUGUAAAUCCCUACGUCCUUUCAUUAAGAUGAGUGAAAAGAUAGAUCCCUGUAGGACAUUUACCCAAUCGUACAUCGGUAAAUGUCUAGGCGGAGGAGGAGGGAAGGGGUCUGUGCUAAAGUGGUUGUGAACAAUGCCUCAGGCUUUACGAAUAAGGGCUACAUUGCCGGAGCCAGAGCCUGCUUCAUUUGCCGGAGGUGGGCCAUGCAUCAAGCUGUCAUGUCAUAGAGCAUGUGUGGUGGUGUGCUCGCCUUCUACACAGGACCGUUCCGUGGCAGUCAGGGAUGCAGUGUAUCUGUGCUGUUCCAGAGGAGGAAGAUAAGGGCCGCUCUGACAGCCGAGGCGAGCCUUCGUACGAACUGAAAUGUCUGCAGAUGGGAGACCACCACGACAUGGCAGACUCGGCUAACACCUCGGACAAGUGCAAGCGGAGGAAAGUGCUGUACUCCCUGAACAACCACAGGCACCGGCUGCGACUGUGCUGCACAAUACUGUCCUGGGUGGUUCUGCUGUCGCUAACUUCGUUCGUCAUAUGGCUUCACCUAAGGAUGGAGGGCUUGCGCACGGAGAAGGACCUACUCACGGACAAAGUUUUAAAAGACGCCCAGCUGCUGGCUUCCCUGCAGUACAGAACGGGUCAGCUGGUCAGCGAGAAGGCAGAACUAGACAACAAACUUACCUACGGGAUCUGCGAGAUAGAGAAGCUUCAGAACACGUCCGUGGUUCUUAGAACAAGGUUGAACGAUGUCUCCAAGGACCUCACGGACAAGGGCUCGACUCUGAGGACUGUCAGGGAUCGUCUCAUCAUGCUGGGUGGCUGUGACAAUUGUUUAAUCAGAGAUUGCUCAGAUGCAAAAGUGUGGAACGCUCUAGAUGGCGUGUACCCGAUCUGGCCGAGAAACUUCACCAAUGCCCUGUACGUGUACUGUGACAUGAGUUCGGAAGGCGGUGGAUGGACCCUUAUCCAAAGACGUCUGGACGGCAGUGUCAAGUUCAACAGAAGCUGGCAGGAUUAUCGUGACGGCUUCGGCGACCUGGCUGGCGAACUAUGGAUCGGCAACGAAAACUUGUACUACCUUCUCAGUCAGAAAGACUACAAGCUGAGAAUUGACUUGGAAGAUUGGGAUGGGAACAGAAGCUUCGCAGAAUACGACUCAUUUCGCAUAGAAUCAGAGGAAGAUAAUUAUAGGCUAAGGCUUGGGACGUAUAUUGCUGGUAACGCCGGGGACUCCAUGACGGGAGGUAAUUCCACAUUCCAGAUUUUCAAUAGAAAUCUUAACAACAUGCAAUUCAGCACUAUUGACAGGGACAAUGACGCAUCGACCAAGCAGAACUGCGCGCGCCAGUACAAAGGCGGUUGGUGGUAUAAAGACUGUUACUCUGCCAACUUGAACGGUUUAUACUAUAAGGUGGGGAAGUACGGAGUGAAAGGAGCUCCGUCCAGUCCUGUGCAGGAUGGGAUAGAGUGGUUCACGUGGACGGGGUGGUACUACUCACUCAAGGCCGUGUCCAUGAAAGUCAAGCCGGCCGCGGCUCUGUAGCAUAUUCAACAUCACGUAUUUCAUAAUUACCCGCGAUACCAGGUAGUUUUAUUAUUCUACGCAGGGCCUUGUCCGUGCUCAAUACAAUUUACCUUGUGGCGGCUCUAAACCGAGCUGAGAAUUCCACAUUUGUGGGCGUGACCUCUAUUCUACUGUCAGCCAAUCAGAGAAUGUACAGCCUAUCUAUUCUCUAAUUGACUGACAGCUAUGCCCGCAAAGUGGAAGCCUAAGGCCAGGUAAGCAGAGCCUGCCCAAGGUAUAUUACAAAGGGUGCGUGCAAGGCUCUGCUAAGGAGAUUGGAUAUAGAUAGUCCAGAAUGCAGCUUGUACAUCCUUCAUUAUCAGUUCAGGUGUUAGAAAGUCAUACGGCUAGAGUAUCUUACUAUGAUUCAUACAAUCGUUUACGAUAUAUUUUUCAACUUCUCUCGAUUUUUCUGCUAUCACCGGUUAUGUGCAUUCGGGAAGUAAAAAAACUCUAGUAUACUAGUUGAGCUCUAGAUAUAGCAAAAAUGCGUUAUGAUAUUCGAUGCAUAGAAGUAAAAGUGGAUAAACUAGUAGUCAGGUCGUUUAGUGUGUUGACGUUAGAUUUGUGUUUUCCAGUUGUAUUUUGUAUUAGUAGAGAAGACGUUGCCGUUGUAGAAAACAAAGGAUAUUUUAAGACAUUGCUUAUUCGGUACAUAUCAACUCCAUGCUAUGAAUUAGAUUUGUACGAGAAACCACUGUCUACAUCGUUACAGCAUUUUCCUAUGCAGAGUCUCGGCCUUUAAACACUGGAGAGACUCUGCUAAAUCGGGCUGAGAUUUCCACUUUUGAUUGGUUUAUCAUUUGGUAGCCAAUCAGAGAACGUUUUCGUCAGACAAUCCGACUCUGGUUGGCUGACAACUGACUAGAGACCACAACCAAAGAAGCGGAAAAUUCAAUUAGGUAUAGCAGAGUCUCUAAAAGGUAUAUUGUACAGAAGCUCUGCGUAGACGAAUGCAUUGCACAUGACUGGUUGAAAAAGUACAAGUAGGAAAAUGUAGAAAGUGAGGUUUCAUAUUACAACUUGUGUCAUACGAGAACAUAGCAAUAAACUCGACCUUGAAUUGUAUUUACUGAGUACAAAAUGCUCCCGUAAUGAAAUUUUGAUGAUAGCGUAAUGUUUUCAAUAAUGGUAGACUCAUACGUACAAUUUCUCUCCGGAUAUGUACGGUAUUUGCAUCGUCAGCAAUAGAUCUACAUCUGCAAUAAACGUUUCUGUGCAAGCGUUAUU